AUUGGAAAGUUGAUCUUAAAAAAAAGACACAAGUAAACACAUUGAGAAAAAAGUUAAUAAUAAAAUUUUAUUAAUUUUUUCAUUUAAUGAUAAAUAAAAAAAAUAUUGUUAUUGAUUAGGACAUAAUAGUUAUUCUGUGAUUGGAUAUAUAUUUUAUUAUUGUUACUAUAAAAUUCGAAUGAAACACAUUUAUUUAACCAUAAAUUGUAAACAUGUCAAAUACGGUCGACGAUAAAGACAAUGACAUUUCGUCAGAAGAUAAUUCACAAGAUGAUUUGUGUGAUAGAAUAACUCUCCAAGAACUUCCAAUAGAGAUAUUUCUCCACAUAUGUUCAUUCCUGGAUGCAUCAACGCUGGUUCAUCGUUUGGGGAUGACAUGCAAGCAGUUUUAUAAUAUUUUACAUGAUGAUUCAUUAUGGAAAGCUAGGAUCAGUCGUGUGUGGCCAAACUCACGGUUUCCAAUUUUACCUCCUGAUGAAAAUGAUAAAUUAUUUUGGAAAUUGUCCUGUGUCGCUGUUGAACGUCAAUCGUAUUUAUGGAGAAAUGUUGAAACCUUUGAUAAUUUUUCACUUGAAGAUGGACAUUAUGGUACCGUAGAUGGAUUAUUACUGAUGGAUAGUGGUCAAAUUUGCAUUUCUUCUGGACGUGACAGAUCGUUGAUAUGCUGGAGGCUGAAAUCUGCUGAGCAUGAAGAGAAAAUUCGAAUGCAUCAAAGCUUCGGACAUGAUGGAUGGAUCCGCGAUAUAACAUUAAUGCAUAAUAAACUUUACAGCUGCAGUUGGGAUCAGAGAGUUAUAGAAUGGGGCUUAUCAAACGUUGACAUUAAUUUUGUAAAUAAAAUUGAAUUAUUCAGAGAUAAAACGAGUGCAUUGCUGUGUAUCGCUUCGAACCCAGAGCUCAAUUUAUUAGCAACAGGGUCGUUUACUAAAACGAUUUCUGUGUUAGAUCCGCGAAAGCAAUCACCUCUCGUUAAUGAAUAUCAAGCUCAUCAAGGGCCUGUACUUAAAGUUAAGAUGAACUCUCAGUACAUUGUAUCAGCAAGUGAAGACAAGCGUAUAACUAUUUGGGAUCAACGAGCUCAAAAAAUACUCAAAAAAAUAAUGAUUUCAAAAGAGUCAUUUCCAAUGAGUAUGUUUAUGUACAAAGACACUGUAUAUAUUGGAGAUAGCGCUGCUAAUAUUCAUAUAUUAGAUAUACACAAAGAAUUUGAUAUUAUUCGAACUUACGAGACUGAACAUACUAAAGGAAUUACGGGCAUUCAUGUCACACCCGGAAGUAUUUUAACCAGUUCAUUAGACUCUACUGUUAGAAUUUCAAGUCCGACUGAUCCACCUCGACAAUUCACCAUCUUACAAUCUCGUCAUGGCGAUAUCGCUGGGAUAGAAUACCAGAACGAAGUACUUGCCGUAUGUGGUGAUAGCGCAAUCCAAAUAUGGAGACCUACGACUGAACACGCCUGCUAAUAUUUAUACAGAAAUUUUAUUGAAAUUUGACUGCCAAAAUUAAUUUAAUAUGUACUGAUGUUCAAUACGUUUGCUUUUUCCAUUUUUUAAAUCAAUUUUUCAUUAAUAAUGUUAGCCUUCUUUUC